CUGGUUUUGACUGUUCGGGACUAGUGCGGGCUGCCCAUCUACGCUAACCGGAUCUACCCUAGCGCGCAUCUUCUCUCAACCACAUCCCACCUGCACCAAAAAAGCUGCCUUCCACCUCCUCUCGUUCGCGUCUGUUCUGCUCUUCGUCUCCUCUCUUCUCUCUCGCUGUAUACCUUUUCUCCUCCUUUCUCUCUCCCCCACGAUACAGCGUGUCUGCCGUUGCGUCUAUGCGCUGCUCGUCGCUGAGCUUGUCGCGUCCAAUCCCAGCCAGCCUGUGCAUGCCCCCACAAACGAAAACAAAUUCGUGUCUGCUUCGGCCGUUGGUUGUACUUAGAAACCCCCCACCACCACCAACAACCACCGUCUUAACGUCCAACUUUUAUAAUUGAAACAAGUCUCCAACGCACAAACCGAAUACGUCUGAUAUACCGGAAAUUCAAUCUAAUUGGGUUCCCCCUUUCCUACUCGUUCCUUUCCUUUCUCUAAGAUAUUUUUUGGCGCGCGCGUAUCCGGCUACACAUUUCCUUGUCUUUUCGUUGAAAUUUAAAAAGAAGCAAGUUUCCCGAUACUCCUCAGAUAGCGCCUAGGGACGAUACAAAUACAACUACAAAAACGAGAACGAGAACCAUCAGUAACACCUAUACCAACACCCCAACAGUGAGGAGCAACAAUGUCGUUGUUGCCGCAGGAGGUCCACGUUGCGCUCUCGCAGCUCUUGCUUGCCUUAGCAUCCGCCGACAAUAUAGUGCGGACGCAGGCUGAGGAACAGUUGAAUAAUGAAUGGGUGCAGGGCCGUCCUGAUGUCUUGCUCAUAGGGCUGGCGGAACAAUUAAAUGGGGCGGAGGAUGCCAGUACACGAUCAUUUGCUGCUGUCCUGUUCCGUCGGAUAUCGACACGGUCAACGAGGCUCCCCAAUUCUACUGAAUCGAAGGAGUUGUUCUUCACGCUUUCGCAAGAGCAAAGAGUGGCCAUUCGGCAAAAACUGCUAGAGUCGCUGGGGAAUGAGAGUUUAGCCCACGUGCGGAAUAAAAUUGGCGACGCCGUGGCUGAAAUUGCGGGUCAAUAUGCCGACCAUGGGGAGCAAUGGCCCGAACUCCUUGGAGUGCUUUUCCAGGCUAGUCAGUCUACUGAUCCUGGUGUGCGAGAUUCCGCGUUCCGGAUAUUUUCGACGACACCGGGUAUUAUUGAAAAACAACAUGAGGAUAUGGUUGUGGAUGUUUUCUCGAAAGGUUUUAGGGAUGAGAAUAUUUCUGUUCGGAUAUCUGCAAUGGAAGCGUUUUCCUCAUUCUUCCGUUCCAUCACAAGGAAGAGCCAAACAAAAUUCUUCUCCUUAGUCCCCGAUGUUCUCAAUAUAUUGCCUCCCCUCAAAGAGGCCGAUGAGAGCGAUAACCUGUCCAAGGCAUUCAUUGCGUUAAUUGAGCUCGCGGAAGUGUGUCCCAAGAUGUUCAAGGCGCUCUUCAACAACCUUGUAAAGUUUAGCAUCAGUGUUAUUGGCGAUAAAGAACUGUCUGAUCAAGUGAGACAGAAUGCGCUUGAGUUGAUGGCUACAUUUGCCGAUUAUUCCCCUAAGAUGUGCAAGAAUGAUCCGACGUACGCCGGGGAAAUGGUUACCCAAUGUCUGAGUUUGAUGACCGAUGUUGGCUUGGAUGACGAGGAUGCUGCUGAAUGGACUCAGUCAGAAGAUCUUGAUCUCGAGGAAAGUGACAAAAACCACGUUGCUGGUGAGCAAUGCAUGGACCGCCUAGCCAAUCAACUCGGCGGCCAGGUAAUUCUACCCGCAACUUUCGUCUGGGUUCCUCGCAUGAUGUCAUCAACUGCCUGGCGCGAUCGGCAUGCGGCGCUUAUGGCGAUUUCCGCUAUAUCCGAAGGUUGCAGGGACCUCAUGGAGGGCGAACUGGACCAGGUUCUCGCACUUGUCGUGCCAGCGCUCCAAGACCCACACCCGCGAGUCCGCUUUGCUGGGUGCAAUGCCCUUGGCCAGAUGAGCACCGAUUUCGCACCAACCAUGCAGGAAAAGUACCAUUCCAUCGUCCUCGGAAGUAUUAUUCCCGUUCUGGAUUCGACUGAACCCCGCGUCCAGUCCCAUGCCGCUGCUGCGCUAGUUAACUUCUGCGAGGAGGCGGAGAAGGAGAUUCUUGAACCUUAUCUUGAAGAGCUCCUGAGACGCCUGCUACAGCUACUGCGAAGCCCAAAGCGAUAUGUUCAGGAACAGGCGCUUUCUACCAUCGCUACAGUUGCUGAUUCUGCGGAGACUGCAUUUGGACAGUUCUAUGAUACUCUUAUGCCGUUGUUGUUUAACGUUCUGAAUGAGGAGCAAUCCAAGGAAUUCCGAAUUUUGCGUGCGAAGGCUAUGGAAUGCGCCACUUUGAUUGCACUGGCAGUUGGAAAGGAGAAGAUGGGCCGGGAUGCGUUGACUUUGGUACAGCUUCUUGGCAAUAUCCAACAGAGCAUUACGGAUGCGGACGAUCCUCAAUCGUCGUAUCUUCUCCACUGCUGGGGUCGCAUGUGUCGAGUCCUCAAGCAAGAUUUCGCUCCAUAUCUUCCCGGUGUCAUGCCGCCACUUCUCCUAGUUGCUGGUGCCAAAGCGGACGUCCAGAUUCUCGAUGAUGAAGAGCAGCUUAGACAGGUUGAGCAAGACGUAGGGUGGGAGCUCGUUCCGUUGAAGGACAAAAUUAUUGGAAUUCGAACAAGCGCACUCGAAGAUAAAAACACUGCUAUUGAGCUGAUUACGAUUUACGCGCAAGUUCUUGCUGCUGCCUUCGAGCCUUAUGUUGUUGAGACCCUGGAGAAGAUUGCUAUUCCAGGGCUGGCGUUUUUCUUCCACGACCCGGUCCGGGUCUCGUCUGCUAGCUUAAUCCCUCAGUUGCUAAAUUCUUACAAGACAGCACACGGGGAUCAGUCUCCUGAAUUCUUGCAAAUGUGGUCCAAGACUGUCGAAAAGCUUAUUGAGGUUCUAAGCGCAGAGCCUGCCAUUGAUACACUGGCGGAAAUGUUCCAAUGCUUCUACGAAUCAGUUGAAGUUGCCGGGAAAAAUAGCCUAACCCCUGCUCACAUGCAAGCAUUCGUCACGUCUGCAAAGUCAUCGCUUGUAGACUAUCAGGAACGAGUAAAGCGACGUUUGGAAGAAAAAGCAGAACUCGAGGAUGGGGAUGAUGAUACCUACUCCUAUGAAAUCGAAGUCGAAGAGGACCAGAACCUUCUUAGCGACAUGAACAAAGCCUUCCACAUCAUCUUCAAGAACCAUGGCCCUGCCUUCCUACCAGCUUGGGGUCAACUGCUCUCUUUCUAUGAUUCCUUCAUCGCAAGCCAGGACUCCACGCAGCGUCAAUGGGGUAUUUGUAUUAUGGACGACGUGCUUGAAUUCUGCGGUGAGCAAUCGUGGAAUUACAAAGAUCAUAUCCUGCAGCCACUCAUUAACGGCAUGCGGGAUGACAAUGCCGCGAACCGGCAAGCAGCAUGUUAUGGUGUUGGCAUGGCUGCGCAGAAGGGCGGGCUAGCGUGGAGCGAGUUUGUGGCCGCGAGCAUCCCGACGCUCUUCCAGGCGACGCAGCACGCCAAGGCCAGGACUCAGGAGCAUAUCUUCGCGACGGAGAAUGCGUCAGCUAGUAUUGCGAAGAUUUUACAUUACAAUUCUAGUAAGGUGCAGAAUCCGCAGGAGGUUGUGGAGAAUUGGUUUAAUACUUUGCCCAUUGUCAACGAUGAGGAAGCGGCGCCGUAUGUCUAUUCGUUCCUCGCGCAGCUUAUUGACCAACAAAAUCCCACAGUGUUCAACAAUGCUGCGAAGGCAUUCACGUUCAUCGUACAGGCACUUGAAGCAGAGACGCUGCAAGGCGGUACAGCCGCUCGUGUGGCGAGCUCGGCGAAACAACUGGCGACAGCAACGGGCAUAAAUGUAGAGCCGAUAUUUGCAAAUGUUAACCCAAAAUACCAGAUGGCCGUCCGAAGUUUUUUUCAAUAAAACCACUGUGGACCGGGUAGUUAGGACUUUAGUGGUCUCGCUUCUGAAUUUUUUUUUUCUUUUCCCCCCGUUUUGGUUCCUUUUGUCUCUUUUCCCGUUCAUAUUCAUCUUCGUCAUUACCCCAUCUGCCGUUUAUAUCAUUCCUGUGGUCGAUUGCUUUUCUCCCGGCUCUUCCCUCCCCCCAGUUUUUCGUCUUUUUCAUUUAAACUACCGGAUUUCUACUGCUUGCCCCUAUGUUUACCAGAUCAUGCAUGUCCCGACUUACCUCAAGGUUCCUUUCCCUCUUAGGAUCCCAGAGUCGUAUUUUCCUUCGUAACUUCUUGUCUUUUCCCAGAUAACCAAUACCUCCCAAUCCCAGCAGUCGUCCAAACAAAUGUCUAUUUUUCUUCUCCCUUUCUUCUAUUCAUCCUGAAUUUUGAAAUGUCACCACAACCACAACAACCAACGACGAACACUGCUAGAAAAACGAAAUGUUACAUUUUUAAUACAUAGAGAUUAUGGAAUGCUCUCUCCUCUACCUGACGUGUGCGUUCCUUGAAUUUCUAAGGAGCAGGGAAAUCGAGAAGAUUGUAUACAUAAUCACUCUAGAACUUGGGCCUUUAUCAAUCAACCCUUCAUUCCCACGCCUCCCCCCUUUCUAUGAGACCGGAUCCCUCCGAGUGCGACGUGUUACCAUUUUUUCACAUGGACGUUUACAUACAUCAUUCAAAUGUUCCCGAUUACAAGUCACCUUCAUAAGAAGACAACGGGGUAACUCCACAGUCAUAAUUUCAGGGUUUUCUUUAUUUGCCUACUCUAGUUUUGCUGCUUUGAUGGUAUGAGAUAUGCGGGGGAAAUAAGUAAAAUAAACGAAUUUUAUCCAGACAGACAUACUCUACCAUACCUGGCCAGGCAAAGUGAGUCUGGAGAAAAGUAUUGAAGUAAAAUUAAAUAUAUCGCUGAUGCCGCCCGAGUAUGUACUGUGAUUAAUCUUUGCCUUUAAUGAAAAUCUUUUUGUCUACUCCGUGUCUCAAGCCUAAAGGAAGUAGAAGACAAACGAGAAAAGGAGACAUAAAGGACGACGAAAGGAAAUACAGGUUGGUAAAUGACGAAUGAAACGCAAGAGCAAAGUAUCUAAAUGACAAAUAGAAUCUAGGAAACAGCAAAAAUCGUAGAAGAUGGAUUAGAAAUCCAAGGGAGAAAUUCCACUCAUCUAUAUAGAAAAAC